GAACAGUGAAAGCCCAACUUCAUCCCACAAUUGCAAGUUGUUGUCUACUUUAAAAUCUUUCUUCCACUGCCCACUAACCUCAGAUCGGACGUUUUCAGUUUUCUUCCCAACGAACUUUCACGAGAAAACACUAUCCUUCGGAAAUGGCGACACCCCAGUUCCUAUCAUCCUUCAAAUACUCCGACAGCCUAAAAGUCGUAGCCAUCUCCGUUUGCACAGCCAUUUUCUGCGAAGCCAUAUCAUGGGUCUUAAUCUACCGAACCAACUCUUACAAAUCCCUCAAAUCCUCAAUCGACAAAGCAGCCAAGAAGCUGGAAACCAUGAAAACCGACCAAAACCCUAACAAGUUAUCGACGAAAAAAUCCAAAACCAAGAAAAUUGACCGUGUCGAAACCAGCCUCAAAGAAUCCAGCCGUGACCUUUCCUUAUUCAAGUUCAAAUCUGGGGCUGUCGUGGCUCUCGUUUUGAUCGUCGUUUUUGGGUUAUUGAAUUCGCUUUUCGAGGGGAAAGUUGUGGCCAAAUUGCCUUUUAAGCCGAUUGGGAUUGUGAUGAAGAUGAGUCAUAGAGGGUUACAAGGGGAAGAUUCGACGGAUUGUUCGAUGGUGUUUCUGUAUUUCUUGUGUUCAAUUAGUAUAAGAACUAAUUUGCAGAAGUUUUUGGGGUUUUCGCCUCCGCGAGGAGCUGCUGGAGCUGGGUUGUUCCCAAUGCCUGAUCCCAAGACUAGUUGAUUCUAUUUUGCUUGAUCGUUGGGGGAUUCAGGGAACUGGGUAUGUAUUUUUUGGGGUUUUUGUUUUUUAAUUUUAAUUUGAGCUACUGUUUCUCUAAUGAGAAUAAUGAUUUAGUUAAUGGGCAUUCGGAAUUUUGGAUUUUUAUGUGAUAAUUAUUGACAAUGACUGGUUUUAUAUUUGAAUUAUUGUUCUCUGCAUUUGAUUAUUGUUAAUUUUUAUGAGUAAGUUGCAAGUGAUUGGAUUAAAUGAUUUUAUAAGCAAAAGGUUGGGCCUUUAUUACCUUAUAUGAAUUUCGUAGCUAUGAAUGAGAACCUGUAGGCUCUGUCACGCCUGGAUUGGAGUAAUCGAUGCUUGAUUAUCUAUCUUUCUCUAAUCUAUUGAGAAUGUUUUAGUGAAAACUUUGUAGUGGAUGUUCAUUCAGUUUCUUAUUGAAACUUUCAUACAAUUUAUACAAUCUAUGAACUAGUGGGCUAAUUAUACACAUAUCUUAACAUGGAAUAGAGUGCCCUGUUGCUUUAAUCCUUUCAUAAUCUAGAGUGUUUUGUGGAAACUGAUAUUAGAUCCACCAUAUAUCCUUUGCUUAGAGAUGUGUCCUUAAGCUUUGAGAACCUCGUGUCAUUUUCCUUCUUCAUUUGUUUGGAAAUGAAGUAAAUCUCAAUGUAUUCUUUGUUCUUUUUACCUUCUAAUCUUGGGAUUCUGUUGGAAGCUUGAAGGAAGAUGACUUCUAUUAUUUUCAGAACUCACUGUUACAAGUUACUACGAAUGAAACACUAGCAAUUUGUGUAUCUGUACUGUGUUUAUAUCGUUUUAAAC